AUGACCAAACGAAACAAAUAAAAAAGCCCCUCCCAUUCGUUGAAGAAUCUCCUCUCUGCGCGAAGAGUGAAGGAAAAGGAACAGAAAGGCCGAAACAAGCCAUGGAUUCGACUGCUCGGAGAAGCGGAGGACUCUUCGAAGGGCUCUACAGAGUCAUUAUGCGCCGGAACUCUGUAUAUGUUACCUUCAUCAUCGCAGGCGCCUUCGUCGGAGAACGGGUAGUGGACUACGGAGUUCAUAAGCUCUGGGAAUACAACAACGUUGGGAAGAGGUUUGAAGAUAUUCCAGUACUUGGAACGAGGCAAUCUGAAGAAUGAAUUAUCAUAUCUCCUUUCUUUCUUACUGGUUCCAGACCUUGGAAAUUGGGCUGAAAAUUGAUACAUGCAAUCAUCAAUUUUGAGGGUUUUUGAAACAUUUUGUAUGGACUACGGUUAUCUAAUAAGUGCCAGCUUGUCUGUUCCAGUAGGUUUAACUGCAUAUGAGGUUAUAGCCACCAAAAAUAUUGAAUUUCUGUGGUUGGAACUCUGUAUUUUGGGUUUUCUGUCUGAAAUUCGAGCAAUGUAUUACCGAUAUUUGUAUUAGAACGCUUUUUGUUCAUUUGGAUUUGUGAGAACUAAAUAGGGUUUAAACGAUUCCCCAUA